UGCGCGGGGCCGCUCCAGGCACAGGGCGGCUCGAGCGGCGGCAGCAGCAGCAGCUGCAUCGGUUGGGCUACCGCCUGCUCCGCUCCCGGACAAGCCCGCGCACGCGGGUCCCCCCCUGAGGCUCCUGCGCAGGCGCAGAUGAUUUCCCCCGCCUCUCCACUCGGGCGGCCCACCUCUCGCGAGCUCUCUCCGCUGAACUCACUUCGCCCCCUGGCGGAGCUUUCGUGCAAAGCACCACGGAGGGAAAGAGAGACUCUGAGCAUGCGCGCCACAAGAGGGGGCGUGUCCUCGGGCCAGUCGUCGCCCGGGGGCUGGACGGGCCCCAUUUCCUGCUCAAGGGGCGGCACCUCCUCCUCCUCCGGUUGUUUGCAAACGGGAACUCCUGCAAACACCCAAGAAUCGGAAGGCUGCUCUUGCACCAGAAAUUACGCUAUUAAUCUAAAACGUGUCCAUUGCUGCAUUCAUCAUGCGGUCUUUGGAGGGGAAAAAAAAUCCCUGGUCCUGACGGCGGCGGUGGCGACGAGGCUCCUGAACUGCUUCCUGGUGCAGAGCAGCUUCGUUCCUGACGAGUACUGGCAGUCCCUGGAAGUGGCCCACCGGAUGGUGUUCGGGUAUGGGCAUUUGACCUGGGAAUGGGCAGAAGGCCUGCGAAGCUACCUCUACCCACUGCUGUUUGCGAGCAUCUAUAAAGCCCUGCAGUUGCUCCAGGAGGAUCGUGUUCAGCUCUUGAUCUGGCUUCCUAGAGUGGUACAGGCCCUUCUGGCAGCGCUGGCCGAUGUGAAGCUGUACUCCCUGGUGAAGCGGAUGGAGAAUGCGGAGACUGCCAAGUGGGUGUACUUCUGCCAGCUGAGUUCUUGGUUCACCUGGUACUGCUGCACCAGAACUCUCAGUAACACCAUGGAAACGGUGCUCAGCACCCUUGCCCUUUCCUACUAUCCCAUGGAGGGUGUGAAGACAGGGAGCAGCCUUGGCUAUUUGACCCUGGUGGCCCUGGCCUUCAUCAUCCGCCCAACAGCUGCCAUCCCCUGGGCCCCCCUGCUGCUCUGGCACUUCUGGAAAGAGCCCCAGAAACAGCACCUCGUCCUGCGCAGGUACCUCCUCAUCGGACUGCUCACCUUGGGCUGCUCUGCUCUCAUUGACCGGGUGUUUUAUGGCAAGUGGACGGUGGUCCAGCUGAACUUUGCAAAGUUCAAUGUGCUGCAGAAUGUGGCCACCUUCUAUGGAUCCCACCCGUGGCACUGGUAUUGGACCCAGGGGUGGCCAGUGGUCCUCGGCCCCCACCUCCCCUUCUUCGUUCACGGCUGCUUCCAAGCAUCAAGGCGGCACAGCUUGCUCUUGGCUGUCGUAUUUUGGACUGUGACAGCAUAUAGCAUGCUGAGCCACAAGGAAUUCCGGUUCAUCUACCCAGUCCUGCCAAUAUGCAUGGUGGUCUGUGGGCAUUCACUCAGCCAACUGAAGAGGUGGCGGAGGGCUGCCGUCUCCUUCCUGCUGGUCUCCAACACGGUGCUGGCUCUCUACACAGGCUUGGUCCACCAGCGAGGAGCCCUGGAUGUCAUGGGCCACCUGCGUGGGCUCUGCAGCCCGCCUGCCCCCCGAGAAGGGCCCUCCGUCUUGAUGCUGAUGCCCUGCCAUUCCACUCCGUACUACAGCCACAUCCACUGCCAGCUGCGGUUGAGGUUCCUUCAGUGCCCGCCUGACCUGAUGGGAGAGGCGGAGUACCAGGACGAAGCUGACCGGUUUUACGCAGGGCCCCUUCGCUGGCUGGCGCAAGAGUUCCCGAAUGCGACGCUGCUCCCCUCGCACUUGGUCUUCUUCAGCGUCCUUGAGCAGGAUAUAGCACCGUUUUUAGUCUCAAAAGGCUACGAAAGAGCUGCAACGUUCUUUCACACCCAUUUGCCCCAAGGACGAAUUGGAAGCCACAUUUACGUCUACAGAAGGGAUCAGAAACCUACGUAGCUGACAGCAGCUGGUUCUGCUGAACAACAGACGGUGGCGAAGGGUGCAAAAGGCACUCGCUCGGGACAACCAGUACGACUUGCUGGCUGGGGGCAGCCCCCCCACCUCCCGCUUUCCUCUGUGGAUCCAAGUGGCACUCGGGUUGCAGCUCUCAGUGCUGUUGUGCUGCCAGAAAUGGAAGGCGCAUCUGGCCAGCGGGGCAAUGGCUGGCCUGGCUGAGCUUCCAGUGCCGCUCAACACAAGUGAUGCCUGGGUAAACUUUGUAAAUAAAAUACUCUUUUUUUUGGCAA